CAUGACCGUCCCAGAUUGUUUACUUGUACUGGCAGAGUCUCAGACUGUUUAAAAUCCAUAUUAAACCGAACACCCCCACCCUCUCUCUCUCUCUCUGUUUUUCUGGUCAGUUUUUUGUGCAAGCAGCCCAGGCAGUUUCUUACACAUUAAGCAAAAUGCUGCGUUUGACUGCCGGUCGUGUAGGGGGGCUUCUGUCCAGACGGACGGUUGCUUCUUUCAGCUUCAGCAGUACCAGAACUGCCAGCCAUGGCCAUGAUGUGGCACAGCAAACAGAUAUGUCUCUGCCUUUGUACAAUGACCGUCUGGAUACUCCUCUGCCCGAUAGGCCAUACCGUGACACCCUCAACGCUGUAGACAAGAGCCUGAAGCAGAAAGAGAUGGGGCCCUGGAACAACCUCUCGAAAGAAGAGAAAAUUGCAUUGUACAGGAUGAUGUUUAAUAUGACAUACGCAGAGAUGAAGAGACCGACCCAUGAGUGGAAAACUGUGUUUGGGGGGUUCUUCUUCUUUAUCGGUAUCACUGGUCUUGUCCUCCUCUGGCAAAGGCUUUAUGUAUAUCCACCUCAUCCACAUACCUUUGAUGAGGAGUGGCAGGCCAUGCAAGUGAAGAGGAUGCUGGACAUGCGAGUGAAUCCUGUGGAAAGUUUCUCUGCUAAGUGGGACUAUGAGAAGGGCAAGUGGAAAUAGAUGAAGUUCAUGUAACUGUGAGCUUCACAUGUCAAAGCCUUGCUCCUUAUCUGUCAAUUGCCUUUGGCAGUCAUCAUACCUUACUAUGAUGUAUGUUCUUUACAUUAACAUUUCAAUAAAAUGGUAAAUUGUU